AUGUAUGAUUGUACUGUAACCACAGGCAGCUCUAAAGAACUGAGGCAGUUUUUGCGCUCGACCGCUCCGAAAGAUUCUCUGGAACCGGCGAGUGGCAUUUUUAUGGAUUCGAAAGUUAUAAAAGAAGUGGAGAGGCGAAUAUCUGCUUGCCGCAGCGGAAGCGAACUCAGAAGUGGCAAAAAAAUGCUUGCGGCAGAACUGUGUAGAGGAGCUGUUGCGCCGGAUCUCAGUGCUCAAUUCCGACUAUUGGAUCGUGUCGUCUGUGUGAAAAGAACCUGUGCGGCACCGUUCGGCGAGUUUGGUACUGUCAUUGGCCUGUUAUGCGGAGGUACGGAGGAAAAAGUGGACGUACUUUUUGACAAGCCAUAUUUUGGUGGUAAAAGCGUGAGGUUCGUUCGUUUCGCCUCAUUGCUUUCAGUUCGCAUCGCUCCCAGCAAGCUUGAUUAUAGAAUCAUCUGAGA